AUGGGUAAAGCCGGUCGCUUUGCAUGUAUCUUCACGCCUAUGGCCCUGACCAUAGCCUCGUUGGUUUGCCUCGUUCUUGUCGGGCUGGGGGGCACCAACAGAGGCAACUCCACUUAUAACAAUCUCUACUUCUUUCGAGCGAAUACAUCAAAUAUUGACGUCGACCCGAGCUUGAUAAAUCUACCAAACAACACGAUUACAGACAAGAUCGUUGACGCCGCCACAGAUACAGCAAAGCAGGUGCUGGAUGUGAAAGACUUCUAUCAUAUCCAUCUAUGGAAUUAUUGCAAUGGAGACUUCAAGGGCAAUGAUGAUAACAGCUCACAACAUUCCUCUGAUCAUGUCGACUUUUGUUCGGCUCACACGAACCAAUUCUGGUUCAACCCUGUUGAGGUCUGGGGCCUAAACAACACAAACGUGGACAAACUGUUCAGCAAAGAGUUGCGUCACGGGCUCGAUGUCUACAAAACAACGACCAAAUGGAUGUUUAUCUGCUAUAUUGUAGCUCUGAUAUCCACCAUUGUUGAGAUUCUCGUGGGCUUUCUAGCUCUGUUCUCCCGCCUUGGUAGCCUUGCCACUACAAUCGUCUCGGCCAUAUCCUCCCUCUUCAUCAUCGGCUUCGCCCUGACCGCCACCAUCCUCUACAGCGUCCUAGCUGGUACGUUCAAUACAGCUCUCAACAAAUACAACAUUCAUGGCUCGCUGGGGAAGAACAUCUACGUCGCGACGUGGAUUGGUGUUGCCUUUUCCCUCGCAGCAGGGAUGUUCUGGCUGUUCAGCAGCUGCUGCUGCAGUGGACGCAGCGAUAAGAUCAAGGGAUAUGAUACCGAGAAUGCGAAGUCUGGGCAGAGGAGCGCGAGCUGGAAAUUGCCAGGGCGAAAGCAGCCUUAUGAGUACGAGAGAAUGGACAGCCCAUUUCAGGGCGGCAUGCCAUACAAUCAACAACAUGGUGCACAUCAGAUGAAUGACCUUGGCAAUGAGCGGAAGACGGCUUACGAGCCAUUCAGGCAUAAUGCCUAG